CUGUGGAAACACGUGUUCGUUAAUAUAUUUCAUAUAUCUAUAUUCUUUCUGCCAUGAUAUGUAAACAAUAACCGGUGGAAGAUAAUGGCUGAGGAGGAUGUCGAUAACCAGACUGUUGGAGUGACUUCUGAUGGCCAACCUCAACUUGCAGAAGAAGAUUCAGCAGAAAAACUGGUUUCUGGGAAUUUGGUAAAUUCAUCAUCAGUACCACGAGAAAAUUUAAUCUACACUGCUGUAUCAUUUCUGAAUCAUAAUAAAGUACGGAACACUUCCAUAGCACAUAAAAAGUCAUUUUUAAAACGGAAAGGUUUAACUGAUGAAGAAAUUCUAGAAGCUUUUAAAAGAUCAGGAACACCUGAAGAUGAUACAGCAUUUUUGGCACCUCAAAGUCUACAACCCUAUUAUCAACAGCAUCCAUCAACAAUUCAAGUACCUCAUGUGACUGCAUGGAACAGAAUUAGAGAGACCAUUGUUGCUGGGAUCCUUUUGUGGGGAAUAUCUAAAGCUGCACACAGAAUAUACAAGGAGUAUAUUUCACCUUAUUUUGGCAUCAAAUCAGCAAGUGAAAGAAGAAUGGAAAUAAUUGAGAACAGUGUUUUAGAGAUGCAGAACAAUAUGGUGGAGACCAUGAAGAAAGUCCAAGAUGUUGUUGAUACUAUACAACAGCAGCAGUUAUUAUUAAAUGAAGAACUUCUCAAGUCAAAAUCAAAUGGAGCGUCUUACCCUCAGUCAAGUCGGCUUUCCAAUGAAAUAAAAUCUGAGUUGACAUCAAUUAAAGGUAUUCUUCUAAGCAGGAAGCAAUUUACGCCAAUACCGAACAUUACAGCAACUCUCCCAUCUUGGCAGUUAUCAGAAGAAAGUAGCAAUACAAAUAAUAAUAAUAGCCAUGUAGAGCUGUCGGUUGCAAAAUCAUCUCAGUCUUGUAUAAAUACUGCAGCAGACGAAAUCAAAAGUGAUAUAAAAGAACAGAUCAAUCCAGUUGCAGCAUCUGGACAAUCAAGUGCAGAUUCUUCAGAUAUUAGUCCGGUGAAUAGUGAAGAUCUAGCACCAGAUAUUGAAGACUUAAGUAACGUUAAUGAAAGCAAUAACCAAGAUUCUACUCAGUCUACAUAAACAAUUCAAAAAGGAAAAGGAAGAUGUUUGGUAGGUCGUGAAUAAAAAACAAAAAAAAAAGAAAAGAAUGGAGGAGCA